CUCCGGCGCGACAUCCAUGGCCAAAGCCUGCACGGCGCGACAUUCACCACCACCGACUGACUCGGUAUUGCUUUUUGCCCUCUGGUCUGCGCCGCGCCGCCGCCAUGCCUUCACCACCAUGUCGAGCCCUGUCAGAGCCUGCUCCCAGAUUGCCUGCGACCCGCCAGCCUGCGCGCACCAAUCCAGCAUAUGACAUUGAUAUGUAUUGACCCAAAUGGUCGACCAAGCCUUCAUUCCAUCGCCGGC